GGCGCCUACGUCAGCCGCGGGAAAUCCCCUGCAGCCGGGCGCCGGCUCUCCAGCGGCAGGCGCUCGGCCCCGCGGCGCUUCGCCCCCUGGCUCCUGCACCCUGGACGGGCGACGCCGGGCGAGCCGCAGCGCGAGAGCUAAGGGGGUGGGAAGGUGUGAGCCGCAAACCAGAGGAGGGCGGGGAGGAGGAGGACGCCCCGGGGGUGGUCUCGGGGACAGAGGGGUCCCGCCGGCAGAGGACGGAGUGGCGGGCUGGCUGACGGCGGCUGCCUUCGGUCCGGACGCGCGGCGCGGAGCGGAGCCAUGGCCUCCGGUGGGUAUAACCCAUAUAUAGAGAUCAUUGAACAACCCAGGCAGCGGGGAAUGCGUUUUCGAUACAAAUGUGAAGGGCGAUCAGCAGGCAGCAUUCCAGGGGAGCACAGCACAGACAACAACCGAACAUACCCGUCUAUCCAGAUUAUGAACUGUUACGGAAAAGGAAAAGUGAGAAUUACAUUAGUAACAAAGAAUGACCCAUUUAAACCUCAUCCUCAUGAUUUAGUAGGAAAAGACUGCAGAGAUGGCUACUAUGAAGCAGAAUUUGGACAAGAACGCAGGCCUUUAUUUUUUCAAAAUUUGGGUAUUCGAUGUGUAAAGAAAAAAGAAGUAAAGGAAGCUAUUAUUUCAAGAAUAAGGGCAGGAAUCAAUCCUUUCAAUGUCCCUGAACCACAGCUGCUUGAUACUGAAGAUUGCGAUCUCAAUGUGGUGAGAUUAUGUUUUCAAGUUUUUCUCUAUGAUGAACAUGGCAAUUUGACGACUACUCUACCUCCUGUUGUCUCUAACCCAAUUUAUGACAACCGUGCUCCUAAUACUGCAGAAUUAAGGAUUUGCCGUGUAAACAAGAACUGUGGAAGUGUCAGAGGAGGAGAUGAAAUAUUUCUGCUCUGUGACAAAGUUCAGAAAGAUGACAUAGAGGUUCGGUUUGCAUUGAAUGAUUGGGAAGCUAAAGGCAUCUUUUCACAAGCUGAUGUACACCGCCAGGUGGCCAUUGUUUUCAAGACUCCACCGUAUUGCAAAGUGAUCACGGAGCCAGUGACGGUGAAGAUGCAGUUGCGGAGACCUUCUGACCAGGAAGUUAGUGAGCCGAUGGAUUUCAGAUACCUGCCAGAUGAAAAAGAUACUUAUGGCAAUAAAGCAAAGAAACAAAAAACAACUCUACUUUUCCAGAAACUGUGGCAGGAUUGUGCAGUUAAUUUUCCUGAAAGACCUAGACCUGGUCCCCUAGGAUCAACUGGAGAAGGAAGAUUCAUUAAAAAAGAAUCAAACUCGUUUCCUCAUGGUGCAGUUUUGACAGAAAUGUCCCGGCCAGCAGGGGUUUCGAGUCAAGCAGAACCUUACUACUCCCCAUCUGUGUCCAUCUCGAGUGCAAUGCCACAUCAUGCCUCAGCCAUGCCCCCAAUGGUAUCUCAGCCUUCUUCAAGCUGCUGGUCCUCAGAGGCCCACCCCGCCUCAUGCUCAGUCAAUACAAAUCCACUGAGUAGCUUUUCAACAGGGACAAUUUCCUCGAAUUCACAGGUUAUCCCACCAUUCCCAGAAAUGGCUGUUAGUAAAUUGCAUGCUCCUAAUGCUUGCAUUUAUAACAGUACUAAUGACAUAGGCAGAAUGGAAAUAUCAUCCAUAUCACAAGCUGCCUUCUGUGGUAUUUCUGAUGCCAACAUGCUGCAGAAUUGCUCUGUGAAUAUGGUAACGCCCAACAAUGACAGCAUGAGGGAGACUGACAGUUUGAGACUUAUGAGAAUGAAUAUUGGAAGCCCCUCAUGCAACUCGGUGUUAAACCAACAGGAAUUGAGACAGCUCCAUCAGAUGUCCUCUUCCAGCAUGUCAGCAGGCGCCAGUUCCGGUACCACCGCUUUCGCUUCACAGUCAGAUGCAUUUGAGGGAUCUGACUUCAGUUGUGCAGAUAACAGCAUGCUAAACGAGGCAGGGCCUUCGAAUGGUACUAAUCCAAACGGUCAUGGUUUUGUUCAAAGUCAGUAUUCAGGUAUUGGCACUAUGCAGAAUGAGCAGUUGAGCGACCAAUAUACAUUUGAAUUUUUUCCGGUUAACUUGUAAGACUUAAAUGAUGGUUCAAACUUUAAAUCCUUUUAAAUGUUUGCAGUCGUGUUGAUAUUACCUACAUAGAAGCACCAUUUUCUGUUUCUCCCACCAUACGUAGGGGAUUUCUUUGAUAGGCUCUCUUGGCUGUGGAGCUCCUCUGAGAAGUGGAAGAGAGGGAUGAACUCAUUUCUCAACUUCAGGAAGAGCUGCAAAAAGCCCCAAGACUUUGCUUUAAGAGUAAAUAAAUCCACACCCCCUGAACUCUAGGCUGUGAUGCCCCAUGGAAUCCUAUGUACACCACACAUAGUGUAUUUAAACUAGCACAUAUUUCAGUCUAGGUUAGAUCAUUAUUUGACCAUUAGAAGUGUAUAAUGAAUCUGUGAUGUUAAAUCUAUAUGUAUAAAAAGCCAGCGACUGAAACACUGUAAUGACCAGAACAACCGGUCGCUAUGACGCCCACUGUGGCCAGCGAACCGGCCAACAUCCUGCAGCCCCUAUCCCCAGCCAGCCCUGCCCCCGAUGGGCUCCCACCACCCCAAUCAGCCCACAGCCCCUCCUUCUACCCCGCCCCUGGUUGCCCCCAACCCCAAUAGGGGGUGGGGCUGGCUGGCCAACCUCUGCAGCCCCUCCUCCAGUCGCUGACCCCCAAUCGGCCCCCCCCCCACACCCCACUGAGGGGCGGGACCGGCCAGCCCACUACCCACAACCCCUCCCUCCAGCCGGCCCAGCCCUGAUCGGCCCCGAUCUGGGCUGGCGGGCCGGCCAACCUCCCCCUAUCUCCUCCUGACAGGCCUGGCCCCAAUCUGGCCAACCCCUCCCCUCCCCCCACCCCGCACGAAUUCAUGAACUGAGCCUCUAGGAUUAAAUAAAAUCAAUUUUUCAAUUUAAAAAAACACAUACCACACCUUUGGGUAUGUAGAAUACACAGUUGGAAAUUGCCAAAAAAGGAACAUUCCAAAGUGGACAUUUAAAAGGGCUUUAGUGUCUCUCCUUUUGAAGCACGAGGCCUGAUACUGUGUAUGGUGGGAGUUCUGGCUUUAGAGUCCCACCGCGGUUCCACAGAACAGAGCGAAGAGAACAUGAGGGCACAGCUCCAGUUUUUCCAAAUACACUCUUUAAUAUUUCUUUUGUAAUGUAUUAAUGUAUUCCUAGUUAAAUGAGUUAACUGAUAUUUGCUUUUAAGCAAAUUUAAGGUAAAACCUGUAAUGGCUAUGUCAUUGGAAAAAUAAAUUUCUUAUUAUUUUUGAGGCCCAUGGGCCAAGGUGACCCCUAAGGGGUUU